AUGGAAGAAGCUACAACAGCCGUACAAGAACUAAGUAUCAAUUCAGGUUCAAUUCAUCCUUGCCAACUAUUCUCAAGUGAUAGUUAGUUCAAAUCAGACAUUCUUAAAUCAUCGUUUGGAGUGGCAACUGUUGCCAGAUACUAACAUCAAUCUCAAUCCUAGGUAUUCAAGUGCGUUGUGAUUGUUGAUGCCGAGAAUGAGGCAGGUGAAGCAAGAGAUUUGCAACCAAGAGACUUAAACACCAUUUACGCCGAUUACCAUGAUGAAAUAGAUUCUGACCACUAUUUCAACUGGAGAUGGUUUGUAGAUGUAGACGGAAAGGAUGUUAAAUUACUUACUGUUGAGGAUUUGAUUGAGGAACCCCUUCCAGAAAAUAAAGGUGGCGAAUUCAAGGUUACUGAACUAUUAUGGACAGAGGGAGCCCAAGAAGAGGUAAAAGGUCUAGACAUUACUUGGAGAUUGUUCAGAAAAGGAAAAUCUGCUGAGCACUUCAAAGUUGUCACUCUUGAAUGA